AUGAAUGUCGGCAAUUAUAAACUGCCUGUUAACCACAGAUUUGAAAAUGUAGCACUUAGUGAUCACUUAAGACCACACACGUCUUUCGGUUAUGAAAGACAUAGUACGUAUAAGCAAAAUAAUAGGAACAAUAAUACAAACACAUGUGGUUGGACAGAUACUUAUGACUACAAUAAUCCCUAUCCGUCUUAUCCAAGGCAUCAUCAAAUAUGGCCUGUAAGGGCGUCUUCGGAACAGUCGCGUUACAGGCCCGAUUUGAAUAGCAAUUAUUCAUAUAUCCCUAGUUUCAGUCAUUGUAUACCACCUCCGCCGCCUCCGCCGCCUCCUCCACCACUGUUCCCUAGGUCCUUGGUUAUGCCUGACCUAAAACGUGCUCCAGCACCUGAAAAAGACAGUAAACAUAUCAAACCUAUACCAAUGAAACACACGAAUGUUAAAAAGAAUCCUGAACUAAAAAGUUGUUUAUGGAACGCGCAGAAAUCAGAAAUUACGACGAGUAAAAUAGCUGAAAAGCCCUACUCCCCUCCUGUUCUACCCAUACCGACAUUUUAUGAUGCUUUUGAAAUCAUAGAAAAAGGAUGGGAAGUAUAUAAUAAAUCAAUAUGGCGGGUAAAAAGAAGAGAUGAAAGAGCGGUGGUAUCAGACGAUUGUAUUCCUAAAAAAAUUUCAUUAGUCGACUAUUUAUCAAAAAAAAAGCUAAAGAAAGAGUUUCAUGAAGGAGAAUGA